UGCAUUGAAAAUAUUUUGUUUUUAAAAUUUCAUUCAGAACUUUUUGUGAAAAAUAUAUCUAUAAAAUUUAUAACAUUUAAAUAACACAAACAUUUACCAUGGAACUAAUCUCAAAAAUUUUAUUUUUUUUCCCGAUUGUAUUAUGCUAUUUUCAUUUGCAAGGUGUUGCGGCGUUAAAAUGUUAUACAUGCAAUUAUAAUUAUGGAAUAGACAGCGAGGAGUGUUUGAAUGAUCCUGCAUCUGUCGUUGGGCGGCCAGUUACAAACUGUAAUAAAAAAUUUUGUACUAUCAUAAGACAGGAAGCUAAGAAUCCUAAAGGACAUAUAAAAUCACUGUCACGCCAAUGUGCUGACAAACCUUUGUUUCUGAAUGAGGCAUUUGACGAUGGCGAAUUUAAAACAUACUAUCGCUCAUGCACAACUGAUUUAUGUAAUAAUGGUAAUGGCAUUAGUUCUGUUGGUUUAAUACGAGAUCCAAAUCAAGGACAUGGUGAAAAUAUGGUGAUCAAAGGAAUAAACGCGUCAACAAAACUGUUUACUCCAUUUUUAAUAAAAGGAAUGUUCAUUGCAGCACGCCUUUUAGUUAAAGUAUUUUAACCGUCAUAACAAAUGUACAUAACUUACUUUUUUUGUAAUGUACAGUUAUUAUAAUUCACUAAAAGAAGCGGCUGUCCUAUAAAUAUAUUUAUAAUUAUAUAUACAUAUGUAUUUAUUUACAAAUAUGAAAAAUUAUUACAUUAAAUUAUUACAA